AUGAAUGAACGUCAUACAUUUGACAGCGCACAUCCACAAUCAACAUCUCAUCUCAUAAUUAAACGUUCCAUUCCAGUAGCACCAGUUCUGAUAGGGCCUCAAAUACCUCGCCGCGAACGAGAAGAAACGCAUGAACGUUAUUGUCGCGCGUUGUUAACAUUAUUCGUGCCAUGGCGAUCAGUCCAGAACCUUUGUGCAACGAAUGAGACAUGGUCUGAAGCAUUGGAAGCUCGAAGGCUGUUGAUCUCUCCCAACUCGCUUAAGAUUAUAGAAAAUAUAGAACUUUUGCACGAAUGCAAACACGAUCGAGAUGAACAUCUUCAUCAAGUUCUUUUAGAAGCCCAAAACGACAACAGCAUUGACCCUAUUUUGAUGCCUAAUUACUAUGAAGGCGACGAAAAUGCAGAAGAAGACGAUCCUGAACAACUUUUGCAAAUGCUCUCCAUCGUAAAUGAGAUCACGACAAACACUUACUCUGCAUUGACAGUUACUCACGAACAACGCUAUGUUCAUGAUGCAUUACAAGCAAUUGAUAAUACAGAUAGAUUUGCACUACUCAAUGGCCGUACACGUUAUCAGGGCGAAAAUAAUGAUGAUAUCAUACACGACGUCCACACAUUUGUCGUAGCUCGUGAGCAUCAUACGACCAUGAUUAAAGAAUGGAAACGUGAUAUUCAAGCCCGACGAGACGAAACAAGAAACUAUUUAAUUUCAGGUGAAGAUACUCUGGAAGCUCGAGAUGAUGAAACACAGAUUGAAGUCGUAGGUACUGAAAUUCCAACAAGCCCAAUUAAAACGAAAGUUACAAGAGUCCCACCUGUAACUGCAACCAAUUCCGUUUUAUUUCCCACAAAACAGGAUAUCGUCAAACAAUUUACACUAAAUAUACAGCAAAAAAAUGCUUUUAUGAUUGUUACUAGUCACUUAGAUGGUGAAAAUAAUGCUUAUACAGGUAUAUUAUCUCGAUUUUGUUGUUGUAAGAUUUAG